AUGGCAUGUCAACAUAGCAGUUAUCUAACAUUCACCAUUUUUUGCAACCUGGUGAAGUUAGUGACUUUUUAUGAAUUGAAACCUAUACAACUGGGAUGCGAAGUACAUAGUAUUGAUCUGGGAAAUCCAUUACCCGAAAAUGUGAUCGAGACAAUUAAGAAAGACGUCACCGAGCAUCGUAUUUUGAUUUUCAAGAAUCAACGCAAUAUUUCACCGGAUAAACACGUGGAGAUUGGCCGAUGGUUUGGUGAGCUAGAAUCUACGAGUUUUUACAAACACCCAAAAUCACCAUCUUUGAAUAUAUUCCGCGUGUCCAAUGAUGCAUCGGAAGGCCAAGUGGGAGUUGGCAACACGGGGUGGCAUAUUGAUGGACAGUACUUGCAAAAACCGUGCAGUUACUCUAUAUAUCAUAUGGUCAACAUAUCAAGAGGCGCGGAAACGUUGUUUGCGCCAUUGAAUGAUAUCAUCGAGGGGUUAUCGCACAGGCAAAGACAUCGUUGGGAGAGGUUAUGGGUCGUGAGAAAUCCCCAUGGUACAGACGUGAUUCACCCUCUCAUUUAUUCACAUCCCGAAAGUGGUAAAAAGGUGUUAUGUCUACAUACUGGAUUAACUGGGGCAUUUUAUUGGGACAGAGGUAAUGUUAACCAAAGACUAACGAACAUGAAAGAAACACAAGCUUUAAAGAAAGAAAUAGACCACGUGUUCACAAAAGACAAACACACUGUCCAGUAUUCACAUAAGUGGGAACCUGGAGAUUUCAUCAUAUCUGACAAUCUGGCUCUCGCGCAUGUUGCACCACCGUCCUCUCAACGAAGACGUAGUGAAGUUGGUUUACGUGUUCUGCACAGAGUAACUGUCGCUGGAAAAGAAUCUCCAACAAAGAAGUAUGACCUUUCACAAUUGAAACAGAAGAAAGAAUUAUAG